AUGGAUGGAUUUAUUAAUUCCAAAAUAGAAGCUCAAACGAUAUACGAAAUAUAUCGAGCAUGUCGUCUGUGUGGUGCGGGUGCUGGCUACAAAAUGCCAAUAAUACAAAAUGUUGUCGAUUUAGACGGAGCAGAAGUGGAACUAAAACAGAAAAUUCGUGACUGUGUGCAAAUAGAAGUCCACCAAGAUGACAAAAUGCCUCCACUUAUAUGUGAACUCUGUGUAGAUAAAGUGAAUGAUUUCUAUGAAUUUCUGGAAAUGUGCAGACAAACAAACAAAAGAACGAGAUUACGAUUAGGUCUUCCACCACAGACAAUGCCGAGAGGAGCGCCUGAUGCAGGGGACUGUAUAUUAGGUAUAACCGAACCAGUGUUCAUAAAUGAAGAUUCAAAUGAGCCACUGAUGAGAACGAGGACACAAGGGAAGAACUUAAAAAGUAAUGUGAAGAAUGUCAAAAAUAAACUUCAAGAUACUAAAGUUAAGGUAACAUUACCAGCAAGAAAAGAGACGAGGGGGAAGGAUAGGAUUCAACCGAGAUCUCUCCGGAGCAAACAGCCCAGUCCUCCUAGAUUACGAGGGACCAAGAGGAGUCAUGAUGAUGAUGUAUCACUGGGCAACUUACAGAGAUCCAAAAGGACACCGAUGCCACUGCCCAAGUCUAUAUUAAAAAAGAAUGAGACUGAUGAGAGUACCGUCUUGACGCCAAGAUUGAGAGGUUCGAAAGAGAGGGAGUCAUUGAAGAAGGAGUCGACUAAGAAAGUCCAGAUAGUUGUGAAAUCUCCACCCCGAGUGAACAAAAACCAAGGAAAUGCCGAAUUUAAAUGUAAAAUAUGCAAGAUCCAAUAUAAGAGCCAUCACUCUUACAACAUACAUAUGAGAGUUCAUGCAAAAAACAAACCUCCAGACCGAAAACCAAGCAAACGGAGUAGAGAUGUUGAAUGUGUCAAUUGUAAAAAGACAUUCUCGAGUAAACAUCUACUUGAUAUACAUACAUGUGUCACAAAAGGAGUGAAUUGCGAUAUAUGCGGUCGGAACUUUCCAUCUAAUAAAGCAAUAACAACGCAUAAGAAUUAUUGCGGUCAGAAGAAAAAAGCGACAACCAUAAGUCCAGCGCUGUUGAGGAAAGUGAAACCCUUGCAGAUAAGAAUAUCGAGAUGCGAUCCGAUACUAGAAAGUCCUGUAAACGGUCACUAUGAUGUCUCAAAAGUGCCUUAUGAUUAUGGUUUGGAUAGUGAAUGUAUAUAUCCAUACAUAUCUCGUGUAAGAAUAAAAUCGGAACCGAGUUACAUGGUCGAUAUAAAUGACGAAAUAAAAGAAGCAUUUGACGCAGACAAAUAUAUUCACUGGGAUUCCGAAGAUACUGCUUCCGAUGUAGAUGAUCAGAAUAUUCUUAAAAAAGUAGACUCGCUGACGUCGAUCGCGCUAAAAAAUAUCUUCUCUCCUAAAUUAUUAGGAAAAGUCCCCAAAAAACGACGUAAAGUCAAAGCUGAGAAAGCGUUUGACUCGAUUUUGAAUGCUAGUGACUUCGAUUCUGAUAUGUGUCGCGGAAUCGAUAGCUUAAUCGAUAGAUUGGACGAUACUAUCGAUGUUUCGAAGGAUAAGAGCGAGGAUAAUGAUUCAUUAUUUGGUGACGAUAAAGCUCCUACGGUCACUAAUGAUGAUUUUGACAUGUUGUUUGGUGAUACACAAAAUAAUGACAAAAAUAAUGAUAAAGUUAACGUUAAUGAAUCAAAAGAGAAUAAUGACAGCGUUAAUGAUGCACAUGUAGGUAAUGAAAUUAUUGAAAAUAAUGACAAUGCAAGAAAUAAAGACGAUACAGUUUGUAGUGAAAGUGAAAACCCUAUGAAAGAUGACGAUAUAAAUAAAGAAAAUGAUGAAAAUAAGAAAAGUGAAAUUAACGAUAUAAAUAAUGAAGAAAGCGAAAUUAACAAAACAAUAGAAAGUAAUGAGAGCAAACAUAUUAAUGAUAAGAUUGAAGAAUCAAUAGAAAAUAAUGAAAAUUCUAAAAAUGAUGAUAAUAAUGUACAAAAUGAUGAUAUUAAUGAAAAGUAUAGUCUAGAUAAGUUCAAUGAGACUGAAGUAAGUUCAAGAGAAAUGAUAACAGAUAAUGAAUCCAAUGAUAAAAAUAAUGACAACGAACAAAGUGAUGAUGUAAACGUUGAUAAAGAAGUUACCAAUAUUCAUCAAUCGAAUGAUACUAAAGUAGAAUUAAAAGAAAAUUAUGAAAACAGUAUAGAUAAUAAAAGUGAGGAUACGUUGCUAUCACAAAGUUUAAAAAUGGAGGACGAGGAAGAAAAUACAGAUAAUAAAGAUAGCACAGAUAAUAAAAAUGAUGUGGAAAAUGUCACAAUGACAGACAGCACGGAUAAAAAUGAAGUUGGAGAUGUCACGAUGACAGAUAUUAAUGACAAAAAUGAUGUUAAUAACAUCACCAAUACGUCAGAAAGCACAGAUGAUAAAACACCAGAAAUAGCAUCGGACACAGAUAACGAAAAGGGCGCUCAGAACGAUAAAACUUAUAUGAACGGAGAAGCAAAUGUUGAAGACAAAUUCAACAUGGACGAUUUAGAAGAUAUCAGUGAUUCAGAAAUGGAUGAUAAAAAGCUAAUGGAUGAAUUGGACGCGCAAAUAGGUGAAGAUGAAAGGAAAAUUGUA